UGUAUUGAAACUAAAAUGGCCGCCAAAUUUGCCAGUUGUGCAGUAUCAUUAUUGGCAAAAAUAAUUUAAAUCAAAAUAUUUUUUAAAAAGUGUAAAAUUAGAAAGCAGACUCGGUAGUUUUGUUUUUGCUCUUUGUUUUCUCAUUAGUUCAAUAAAGUAGUAAAUAUGAAGAUAACACUGAAAAAUCUACAACAGCAGACGUUCCAAGUCGAAAUUGAACCUUCCAUGACUGUGAAGGAACUGAAGCAGAAAAUUGAAAAUGAUAAAGGGAAAGAUUAUCCUUCAGAGAAUCAAAGACUAAUUUAUGCGGGUAAAAUCUUAACGGAUGAGUCGGCUCUCUCGGAAUAUAAAAUCGACGAGAAGAAGUUUAUUGUUGUAAUGGUUACAAAGCCCAAACAGCCAGAAAAGACCGAAGCUGGUGAUGCAACACCUAUAUCAACACCAAGCACUCAACAGUCAACAACUUCUACCCCAACAACAACCUCCACCACAGAAAGUGCUCCGGCGUCGCAAUUGGAAGCAACGGAGUCAAAUUUAACAGGGGCUGAGUCUACUCUGUUGAUGGGAGAAGAAUAUCAGAAUAUGGUACGAAACAUUAUGGAUAUGGGCUAUGAACGAGAGCAGGUGGAGCAGGCUUUAAGGGCAAGCUUUAAUAACCCAGACCGUGCUGUUGAAUAUCUUAUCAAUGGGAUACCACCAACGUUAGAUGAGCAAGAAGCUGUUCAGGAAUCUGCAGAUAUGUCAGGUGUUGAUGAGAGGCAAUCAGAUUCGGACGAUCCUCUUGCAUUUUUACGUAAUCAGCCCCAAUUUCAGCAAAUGCGAAGCGUGAUUCAACAAAAUCCACAACUAUUAAAUGCAGUGCUUCAACAGAUCGGUCAAACGAACCCUGCGCUCCUCCAACUCAUUUCUCAACAUCAGGAGUCAUUCGUCAGAAUGCUCAAUGAACCUUCAGCCAAUGCCCCUGCCUCUCCAGCAGUCCCAGCAGCAGGUGUGCAACCUGCAAGUCAAGCAACGGGAGGAGGUCAAGUGCCACAGGGAAUGAUCCAAGUGACUCCUCAAGAUAAAGAUGCCAUAGAAAGAUUGAAAGCCUUAGGGUUCCCCGAGCACCUAGUUGUGCAGGCUUAUUUUGCAUGCGAACGGAAUGAGAAUCUUGCAGCUAACUUUUUGCUUUCCCAAAAUUUCGACGAUUAGCCGAUUCACAGUGUAAUUAAUAACUAUUAUUAUUAUGAUAAUAAGUAAGGGUGAAGUUUAUCAUCAUUGUAAUACUUCUAUAAAUUGUUGGAUAUAAGUUUUUGAUUAUGACCCUCGGUCCUGAAAGUUUUUUGCAAUAACUAUUUACCUACUCUAACAGACACCUAAAACCUAUCCCACUAUAUUUACUUUAUUUCGUUUGUGAAUAAAAUCAAGUUUAUGGAAAAAAA